AUGAGCAUACCGGAGUUCCUCCUGGAAGUGUCCAUCGUGGUCAUUUCUGUCGUCUCGCUGCUGACCAACUUGUCAGUGCUGCUAUGUUUCACCCAGAGCGCCGAGUUGAGAGCUCACGUGCCGGGAAUCUUCGUCCUAAACCUGUCCUUCUCCAACAUCCUCCUCACUGUCAUCAACAUGCCCGCCACUUUCCUCGGGGUGGCCAAGAGCGCAAAGCCAUUCGGGGACUUGUUCUGCAGCGCCGUGAGCUUCUCUGAGACUUUCAUCACCACUAAUGCCAUGUUGAGCAUGGCCGCGCUGAGCAUGGACAGGUGGAUAGCGGUGGUGUUUCCUCUGAGUUACUCCAGCAAGAUGCGCUACAGGGACGCCUUUCUCAUCGUGGCCUACUCCUGGCUGCACUCUCUGACUUUCUCCCUGACCCAGCUCAUGAUGGACUGGGGAGGCUACAGCCACACUUACGCGUCGUGCACGGUGCACCUGGACGCGGAGGAGGCGUCGCAGCUGACCGCCUAUACGACUUUCACGGCGCUGUUCCACUGCAGCAGCUUCGCGCUCUGCCUCCUGGUGCUGUGCUUCGCCUACCUGAAAGUUCUGAGAGUGGCCAGGUCGCACUGCAAGAGGAUCGAUGUGAUUACGGUGCAGACUCUGCUCCUGCUGGUGGAUAUUCACCCCAGUGUGAAGGAGAGAUGUCUGGCCCAACAGAAGAAGAGAAGGCAACGUGCUGCUAAAAAGAUUUGCGUCUUUAUUGGUUCCUUCAUCCUCUGCUUUUCACCCUAUGUAAUAACAAGGUUGGUGGAGUUGCUGCCGUCUGUGCACAUCCCCCGCUACUGGGGCAUCGCCACCAAAUGUCUGUUCUAUGCCAAGGCCUCCAGCGACCCAUUUGUGUACUGUCUUCUUCGUCAGCAGUACAGGAAGGUGCUGGUUGGCGUCAUCAGCCGAUUUGUGAGAAAAGAUCAGUACUUCAUGUCCGUCCACAGCACGAGCAGCACGUUGGACACCACAGAUGACAACUGUGUCGCCAGGAUCACCUGA